CCUUCCAUUGCUCUGCACAUAGAUAAAGGAAACGUCCGCAUGCUUUUGCACCGCGAUGUGUCCGAGACACGCCUAUGGUUUUUAAGUUGGCCCGAUCUGCUGUGGCUAUGUUAAAAAAAACGAGGAGGGCAGGCUGCUUUGCCGUGUAUCGCAGCAGGCCUGUUUUGUGCACAAUGAAUUGCAUCGGUGCAAAAAAAGGAAAAAUAGAAAAAAUUAACGAAGGCCGUCCAGUUUUAGCCCUUUUAGCUUGGGCGCCGCUCACAUUGGCCGCUAUUUCGCUCCGCAAGCCGAUACCAGAGCUUUUCCCUUGUAAGACAUAGUGUCCGGCUUCCAGCCCCUAUUUCGGGGGCACGGAUUUCCUGGGGUCCAUCAUGCACGUAUCCAUGCAUUAACUUAUAGUCUGGGGUCACUUUUGCGUGGCGUCUUUAGGAGAUGGUAAUGGUGAGAUUUACUAUUUCGUUCGUCAAGCCUAUUGUCAUUAAUAAUAAAAGAGAUCCCAUUGACAUUUGAAAACAGCUAGCAGUCAUGUUGGCGUACAGGUAUGACUGGAUUGAUUUCUUGCGUAAAUGCGUGUGGGGCGUUACGGGGAAAUUUUGCGUAGAUUUCAUUGAGGUCCAGAUGCACUGGAUUACACUUGUGUGAUUGCAGCGUGCUGUUUAUGCGGAGUAGAUCCAAGUCGCCCGCUACUAUAUUGGUAUAUUUAUAUACCCUAGCAGAGCAGAAUAACACCUUUACCCUCGGCGAGCAGGUUUACGCUGCCCUAGUCACACACAGACAUGUCAGUGCAUGAUACUGCUCCACACCUGCUUUAAUUACACCUCUGACUCAAGAACACUUAUUCCAAAUAAUAUACCAGUGUUUCAGCAACAGGAGCCACAUGAAAGUCGGUUGUGAUAUUUGCUUUUUCCAACAGGUGUGUAGUUACCUCAGACUAGUAACAUCAUUUUCACACUCCACUAAUUUUGAGGAGCUAUAGCAUUCAAUAAAAGGCGGUGAGCUCUACCUGCCAUGUCGAGGCGAAACAGGAGCGGCCGAGCGUGGCGGUACGUGUGGAGCGGCAUCUGGAGAGACGUGGACGCCAGGGCGAUGGUGCUGGCCUCCGAGGGCGAGGACUGGAGCUACGAGCGGCUGCAGUACAGCGACUCGGAUUCGGAGCCGGAGUUCUCGGGCAGCGCCCCAGCUGUCCCCAGCGCAGUACCUGUGACAGGCGAGUCCUACUGCAGCUGCGAGUCCCAGGCAGAGCCCAGCUGCGCCUCCCGCCUGCGGAGCUUCCGCCGCUCCAAUGACUGCCACUGCGGCGAGGACGACCAGUACUUCGACUGGGUGUGGGACGACAGCAGCAAGUCGACGGCGACGCUGUUGAGCUGCGACAACCGCGUGGUGAACUUCCACAUGGAGUACAGCUGUGGCACGGCGGCCAUCCGGGGCACCAAGGAGCUGGCUGACGGGCAGCACUUCUGGGAGAUCAAGAUGACCUCCCCGGUGUACGGCACCGACAUGAUGGUAGGCAUCGGGACCUCAGAUGUGAACCUGGACAAGUACAGGCACACCUUCUGCAGCCUUCUGGGGAAGGACGAGGACAGCUGGGGUCUGUCCUACACAGGUCUGCUGCACCACAAAGGCGACAAGAUGAACUUCUCGUCACGAUUCGGCCAAGGCUCCAUCAUCGGUGUGCAUCUGGACACCUGGCAUGGCACGCUUACCUUCUUCAAGAACCGCAAGUGCAUAGGCGUGGCUGCCACCCGGCUCCAGAAUAAGAAGUUCUACCCGAUGGUUUGCUCGACGGCAGCCAAGAGCAGCAUGAAGGUGAUCCGCUCCUGCUUCGCCCCCACCUCCCUGCAGUACCUGUGCUGCGCUCGGCUGCGCCAGCUGCUGCCUGACUGCGCAGACACGCUGAGCGUACUGCCCCUGCCUCCGGGCCUGCGGCACCUGCUGCACAACAAGUUGGGCUGGGUGCUGAGCCUCAACGACGGCGCGGCGGACAGCCCCGAGCGCUCGGCUGACUCCCCAACCCCCUCGGCCUCCUGUGCCUCCUCGGGGAGUGACUCGGACGGCUUCUCUUCGGACCCGGAGGCCUGCCAGAGGAAGCGAUGCCGCUGGACGUGACUGCUUCUGUGCCCUGCCCCCCACCCCCCAGAGAGAAGGACCACAUGACGUCAGCAGGACCUCAAACUGGAACAAGGACAGCUGGUUUCUGGAGCUGGUCUUGGACAACCUGCCUUUCCGUACUUUUCAAAUCAUCCACUUUUUCAUGGUUUUUUUUUUUUUUUUUUUGAUCUCACAAUGAAGAUGCAAAUUCCAUCCUCCUGUUUUCCAUUACUGUCCCUGAGGGAUAAACCUCACGUCUCACCCUCCCGACUCCUUGGUCUGGUUAGGGUCUGCAGCUGGCCAAUCAGGAAGUCCAUGUUGGAUGUGCGUGACAUCCAUGUAUUCAGCAAAGUGGCCCCAGAUCAGAUCCAGUACAGGUUCAGCUUGAAAGAUGAAACACCUAUUCGCAGUGCGUACAACACACCCGUAUGUGCAUUUAAACCUGUGCAGCUUUUUCCACAGUAUUUUCCCGAUGCUCUUCAUUCCCACAUGGGCUUGCAGGCCGCUUUCUGUCUCCACUACGAUUUCCGGGCUAUGAUGGCCCACGCAGAUAAGGGCCUGCCCACAGCACAGACUGUUUUUGAACCGCAGGGUUGGUCGGGGGGGUGGGCUGCAGGAUUGAGAACAUUCGGUGCAGAGGAGGAACACGCAGACUCUCUUAAUCCUAACCCCCGGUUGCGUCUAAAGCCGAGCGGUAAGGAUGCGUGACUGUGGCACUAAUCUGUGUGCCGUACUCUGCAGCACGGACUGGUGAGGUGCAGCAACGUGCCGAAAGGCGAGCUGACUUGCCCGGGUCUCUUCCUUCAGGACAGAGCAGUAUAUCGGCUCUUAACUACACUGAGAAGGGGGGGUGAGGGGGUCAACUGUCUUCAGCAGCUUUGGUGAGUUUUGUGUGAACUUCCCUGCCCUGUAAUAUGCAAAGCCGCCGUAUCGUUAAUCUGUACAGUCCCAUCGGUGUGACACCUUCUCUGUAAAGUCAGCUCAGAUGCCAGUGGACCAGUGUCUUGAACCUUACAUUUAUGCUUCUUUUCCCCCACUGAGUGAUGUGGGUUGCAGUAUAGCACUCUUAAUUAAUCAGGUGCACUCUCGUUAGAAGUUGUAUAUCGUCUGCAUCAAUGUGACCAUCCAUCUUACAAACACAUGGUCUUAUUGGGAUGAAUGAGGAAGGGGAGGUGACCAAUCUCAUGGUAAGAAUUCCUAACAGCACCUCCUUCAGACUGACGGCACGAGUUUGCAGCUGGAAACAAGCUGCUUACAGUUUGACCUCAGCUAGUCGGCACCUGAAUUUUUACCCAUAUAUAUAUAUAUAUAAAGUGUUUUUAUAUACAUAUAAAAGUCUCUGGUUUUCCUUUAGUUUUGAAUCAGGAAUCAUGUUGGAGCUUAUUUUAUAUUUUACACAGAAAUAGUACGCAGUGAAAUACCUGCACUGCUUUGACUUGGUCAAACCUUUUCUCUUGAAUCCAUUAAUGAGACCAUGCAUUUCUUUUUAUAUUAUCUAUCCUUUUACAGCUGAGGAGCAGUAAUACCUUUUAACUAUGGCUAAAAUGCUUAUUGGUCUCUAUAGAUUUAUGGCACCUGUGCUACGGUAUGUCAUUAAACCAUUGUUGUUUAUUGUCUGUCAGCCCUAUUGGAUCAUCUUGUCUAUUAAGUAGACUCCAAAAUGUAACAUGCCGUACUUCUGUCAGUGACUUUGUGGCCAACAGAUCCAGGAGAACUGGAAUAAUUAUUAGGAAAUAAUUGUUCCCCUCCCACUCCAACAUGAAAUUAAAACCUUGCACACCGUUUGGGCCUUGGCCAAAGGCUACCCUGCAGCAUCUGGGGGUUAAUAGAACCUGGGCUUUGGGGUUUAAAAUAGGGAGCCGGUGGCAUCUCUAAGGCACGAGUCCCUUCCUGGAAUAGAGGUUGCAUUAUGAUGUCAUAGAGGACACAGGCUGGGGGGACGAAGGGGGGGGCUGGGUGUAGAGUGUCACUUAGCCAGAGUUGUUUUACCAUAAUACCCAGCUGUAUAAAUGGAUCAGUGUCAGUCAUUUCACACAGAUAAUUGUAAAUUUUGCAAAUCACAUGCAAUCUGCAUUUUUACUGCUUCUCUGAAGGGUUAAGUUUGAGAUGUAGACUUAAAUGAAUCUUAUCCACUGUAUUAUUCUUGGGGUGCAGAGGAAUGGGAACUGGCUAUGGGAUUAUGUCUUAUCAGAUAUAUAAACGGUUAAAAAGAACUUGUUAUGCAUUAAAGCACUUUGGUGUAUACCAUGUACAUAUUCUAUGUGACUGAUUUCCUACUCUCCUGCCAUGACAUGUACCUAAUAGCAUGGUUUUAUUUAAAAAUGAACUGUAAAAAAAAUGUAACAGCUUAAUUUUUUAAAAUAAAAUCUGAGUAAUUCGG